AUGUCGGAGGAGCAGUUCGGUGGGGACGGGGCGGCAGCGGCAACGGCGGUGGUAGGCGGCUCGGCAGGCGAGCAGGAGGGAGCCAUGGUGGCGGCGGCGCAGGCGGCAGCGGCGGCGGCGGGAAGUGGCGCCGGGACCGGGGGCGGCACCACGGCUGGAGGCACCGAAGGGGGCACUGCCGAGUCGGAGGGGGUGAAGAUCGACGCCAGCAAGAAUGAGGAGGAUGAAGGCCAUUCAAACUCCUCCCCACGACACUCUGAAGCAGCGACGGCACAGCGGGAAGAAUGGAAAAUGUUUAUAGGAGGCCUUAGCUGGGACACUACAAAGAAAGAUCUGAAGGACUACUUCUCCAAAUUUGGUGAAGUUGUAGACUGCACUCUGAAGUUAGAUCCUAUCACAGGGCGAUCAAGGGGUUUUGGCUUUGUGCUAUUUAAAGAGUCGGAGAGUGUAGAUAAGGUCAUGGAUCAGAAAGAACAUAAAUUGAAUGGGAAGGUGAUUGAUCCUGAAAGGGCCAAAGCCAUGAAAACAAAAGAGCCUGUUAAAAAAAUUUUUGUUGGUGGCCUUUCUCCAGAUACACCUGAAGAGAAAAUAAGGGAGUACUUUGGUGGUUUUGGUGAGGUGGAAUCCAUAGAGCUCCCUAUGGACAACAAGACCAAUAAGAGGCAUGGAUUCUGCUUUAUUACCUUUAAGGAAGAGGAACCAGUGAAGAAGAUAAUGGAAAAGAAAUACCACAAUGUUGGUCUUAGUAAAUGUGAAAUCAAAGUAGCCAUGUCGAAGGAGCAGUACCAGCAGCAGCAGCAGUGGGGCUCGAGAGGGGGAUUUGCAGGAAGAGCUCAUGGAAGAGGUGGUGGCUCCAGUCAAAACUGGAACCAGGGAUAUAGUAACUAUUGGAAUCAAAGCUAUGGCAACUAUGGAUAUAACAGCCAAGGUUAUGGUGGUUAUGGAGGAUAUGACUACACUGGUUACAACAACUACUAUGGAUAUGGUGAUUAUAGCAACCAGCAGAGUGGUUAUGGGAAAGUAUCCAGGCGAGGUGGUCAUCAAAAUAGCUACAAACCAUACUAAAUUAUUCCAUUUACAACUUAUCCCCAACAGUG